GGGCGCCAGUCCAGCACAACACCCGAAGUCCGCCUCAGCAUGAACCUCUCCAACGUCUUCUCGGACGGGAUGGUGCUGCAGCGCGCGCCAGCGAUACCCAUCGUGUGGGGCUUUGCGUCGCCCGGGAUCCGCGUGGAGACGACCUUCGGCGCCCACAGCCUCUCCGCGCUGACGGACCACAGCGGCGUCUGGCGGCAGCCACUUCCGCCGACCGAGGCGUCCGACCGCGGGCAGACGCUUCUCUUCCGCAGCUCCGAGGGCGGCGCCGCGCUGCGCGACGUCCUCUUCGGCGAGGUCUACCUCUGCAGCGGCCAGUCCAACAUGGAGUACACGCCUCGCUCGAUGGCGGGCAUGAACAACGCGAGCGCCGAGAUCGCCGCCGCCGACUCGCCGGCGUACAGGAACGUGCGCCUCUUCACGGUCGGCAAAGGCACGACUAGCAAGACACCGCUCCGCGCGCUCGGCUCCCUCUACCACAACUGGACGGCCGCCUCCUCCGCGCUGGUCGGCGGCCCCGCCUGGAAGGAGUUCUCUGCCGUCUGCUGGCUGUUUGGCAAGGAGCUGAGCAACGAGCUCAAGGUACCGGUCGGGCUCAUCUCGUCCAGCUGGGGAGGGACGCAGAUCCAGGUCUGGAUGCCAAAGGCGGCAAACGAGGCGUGCCACCAAGGCAGCUGGAGCGGCGACCGUUACAACGCGAUGAUCGCGCCGUUUGCGGUUGGCCCCAUGGCCCUCUCCGGCGCGGUCUGGUACCAAGGCGAGUCUAACAACGGGCAAGGCCGCUACUACUCGUGCGCCUUCCCGGCGAUGAUCAGCGCCUGGCGCGCC